CUCGGGAUAUCUGUAUCCUCAUUACAAUUAAUCCAAAUCAGAGAUCCAUCAAGAACAGAGUGUUUUUUGGCUCUGUGGAAGGCUACAGCGUGUUUUAGUUUUGCUCAUUUAUCAGAGUGAAAAUAGAGGGUGUGGGCCAAAAUUCUCUUAUCACAUGCCUGGAUGUAAAGAUAAAGGUACGUUUUAGCAUGAAGUAUGCCCUGAAGGAGCCGAUUGGCUGAUUAUCUCAGUCAACCAAAAGAGUCAGAUGAUGUGACAAAAGAGCAGAUCUGCAUUACUGGAGAGUGUGUGUCAUGCAGAAAUGUGACUGCGGACUUUCUUUCACGCUCUCCGUGCAGACUGCCGAGUGCGAAAGCUGACGGGAGAUGCCAGACCACGAGACAUCUAGUGUGGGUGAACCCCCGCCAACAUACAUCAUCUUUAUCCUGGUCUUUUUCUUCUUCAUGACCGGCCUUUUGGGCUUCCUGAUCUGUCAUUUGUUGAAGGAGAAGGGUUACAGGUGUGAACUGGAGGAUGAUGAAGACGGCUGUGAGGACAAACUUGGCGAAGAAAAAGAUGAUGAAUCAGAUGACAGUCAAGACACUGUUGAACAAAUUCUGAAAUGCAUCAUUGAGAAUGAAGCCAAUAUGGAGGCCUUUAAAGAUAUGCUGGGCGGCCAGAAUGUUUGUGAACAUCACGACCCACGGUUACAUCACAAGGACAGUAUAGGCGGCCUUCCCCUUCACCAUCAUACAGUUCAUCUGGGAGGUGAAAUCAGCUCUUGUGCUCACUGUAUGCAAGGACAUUUAUUAAAAACACGACGCAGAAGCCGUGUGGCUAGAAGCAAAACCCGACAAGAACAGACUGUAUUUUCUGUGGGCAGGUUUCGGGUCACCCACAUGGAGAAAAAAAGCAGCCUUCAAGGUUCCAUCAAUCUGCCCACCCUUAAACCAGGAGAUGUGUCGAAUGACACGACGCUCUCAGGAAUGAAAGAUACCUGGAAAAAACCUCAGGAGGAAUACAACAUCCGCAACAUGUUCAAAGACACUGGAACAACCAAUGGCAAGCUUCCAAACGCAGGCAAGCGGAAGAAAAGCAUCCCACUGCUGACCUUCUACAAGGGAAUUAAUCCAGUGGCCACUAAAGCGGCAGAAGGGCUUGUGGUGGACAAAAAAGGACAAACCACAGCUGAACAUCUGUCGAGCUCACCCGUCGCAUCUGAGACAGCUUUAGACAAAAACUCAAAUAAAGAAUCGGCUCAUAACUUACAGGUGACUGUUCAUGAGAGCAGCCCAGAGGAAGACAGAGCUGACAGUGUGAUUUCACAAGACAAAUUAGAUACAAUGGCCACCGGAGGACCCAGUGGUUGCGCAAGAUUUUCUGUGGUUCGGACUGAAGAGGAGACUGUCAUCACAUCCGCAGUCACUGCUGAGGACAGAGAAGAUAAUAAUGUGCCAAAUGAUAAUAUCAAAACUGACAAAGUCAGUCAGGAGAAUAUAGACAACCAGCGGGUAUGACAACAGCAUCAUUGACCAACCAGCACAGCACAGACUUAUUUAUUGAGAAUAAAUAACCAAUAAAUAACCUUUGACCAAUAAACAACUGCAUAAAAGUUCUAUGCGCUUGUUGUGACGUAAGAAACACAGUUUCCGCCUCCAAGCAUUCAGUCAUUUCAAGUGAGUCCUAUUUAAACAGCCAUUUUCAUUGAAUUUUCAUUCAUUUUGAGGCAGAUUAUAGGCCCAUAACAAUAAUCAAAUGCUAAAACAUUAUACUGACAAUUUGGCUGUUGAAAAACCUUUCCAAAGCAACUUCACUGGGUGAUUAUAAUGCGUAAAAUGUCCCUCGAAUACAAUAUUUAGUAAAUACGAGCUAUUUAAACUAUACUUGUGUCAUAUUAUCUUGGCUUUAGGACUUCCUCAAGUGAAAACGUUUCAGAGAAAUGUAAGUUAUUAAAGAAAUGUUUGCGCUCAUCUUGGAAUGGGAUUCUUAUUGAUUGAUUGUUUACAGUAAUUAUUCUCUCUGUAGUUGCAGAAGUUCUUUUUUAAUAUGCCAGAGGAGAACUGGCUCUCCUGGUUGAGUCCGGCCUCUCCCAAGGUUUUUUUUCUCCACUCUUAUACACAUACACUGCAUCUAGUGGAGUUUUGGUUUCCUUGCCACCGUUACUCAUCGGGAGACUGCUGAUUUAGUUGAAUCCAUAAAUAUAAACAACUUGCGUUUAACAACACACAUGCACGUUAACAUAUUUUAACAAAUAUAUUCUUUCUGCACAUUUUGGUAUUGCAAAUUGAUCUGGUAUAUUGUAAUUUCAGGCUCCCAGUCCUGAUAACAAUAUUUAAAAUAAUAAUAUACUUAAAUUAAAUAUACUUUGAUUGAAUAAUUUAUAGUUUCUGACAAUCCACUGACAUCAGUGUGCAUUGCAUAGAGAACAACUUGCAAUAAUACCAUGUUUCUUAAUACCGUAUAUUCUCUUCAUUUUUUCCCUAGUAUUAUUUUUAUUUUAUUUUUUAUUAUGAUGUAUGUAAAAAUGAAAAUUGUGAAAAGCGCUAUAUAAAUAAAGUUGAAUAAAAACAUUGAAUUGAUUGAUGUGAAAAGUGUGGGUGUUUCCGGUCUGGUGGUUAAAAUCAUAGACAUAAGAAUUUUUUUUCAUAGACAUAAGAAAUACUUACGGAGCCCGUCUGAUCACCCCUCGGAGAAAAAAAAACAAGACCCGCAAAUCCGUGGCCACAGUUUUGUAAUUCGUUCCCUCAGUUUAAAAAUCCAUACUCACAGAUUCUAAAACUGUUCCCACAGUUUACAAAACCGUGCUCUCGGAUUAAUAAACUGUACCCACGAGUUUACAAUCCGUGCUCUCGGUUUUGUAAACCGUCCCCUCAGUUUUUGAAAUCUGUGCCCACGCUUUCGCA